AUGCACGUCCAAUCUCGGCUCCAGCCAGCUCUGGACGAGCUCAAAAUGAAAGCCAUGACCCAUGGUAUCAAUUUUUUCAUGUUCUACCGUCGCAAUCACUCCAAGAUCCAACGCGUCUUACGAAUCAGCUACAUCCUCUUCAUUCUAAACACCCUCACUGCCACCCUCCGAAGCGGCGGAAAGAAGAAGAAAGCCAAGAAGCCUGCAGCAGGUGCUUCAGCACAAGUUCCUACAGAGAAAGCUGGCGUGGUCGCGGAAAAGGAUGCACAAGGUCCACACGAGGUGUCAAAAGCACAGCCAGCAGCAGAAGACUUUGACGAUGCCCCGUCUCGAGGUCGUGGUGGACGUCGAGGCAAGAAGAGCAAAGGUCCUCGUGUUGAGGUCGAUGCUGUUUUCUUCGAGCGUUUGAAGCGGAUCCUUCGCAUCGUUGUGCCUGGUUGGCGAUCCAAAGAAGCAGGUUUGCUCAUGUUACAUACUCUCUUCCUGGUCCUUCGAACGAUGCUUUCGCUCUACGUUGCCGAUCUCGACGGUCGCAUCGUUUCAGCGCUAGUCCGCUCGCAGACUCGUCAAUUCAUCACUGGUAUCUUGUGGUGGAUGGCGGUUGCAGUCCCCGCUACCUACACCAACUCGAUGAUCGAAUUCCUUCAAUCCAAACUCGCCCUAUCCUACCGCAGUCGACUCACCAAACGUGUCCACGACGCCUAUUUGACGGAUAUGACCUUCUACAAGCUCGGCAACCUCGACGAUCGAAUCAAGAACGCCGACCAACUCAUCACUGUUGACGUGGCCAAAUUCAGCAAAUCUCUCGCAGAGAUCUACAGUAACUUUGCCAAGCCGAUCCUCGAUGUCUGUCUGUACAACUACCAGCUUAGUGGACGUGUAGGUGCAGAGGCGUUGAUUGGUAUUAACAUGCUCGUUUCGGCUUCGGCGACGUUGUUGAGGAAGUUGACGCCUCCGUUUGGUCAGUACGCGGCUACGGAGCAGCAGUUGGAGGGAGAGUUUAGGUUUAAUCACUCGCGUUUGAUCGAGAACGCAGAGGAGAUUGCGUUGUUCCGUGGUCAGGCUGCAGAGCAGAACGUGGUUGAAAGGGCUUACUUCGCGCUCAUUAAGCAUGUCAAUCGUGUUUACCGUAUUCGUAUUCUUCAUGGUAUGACGGAGGAGGGGAUUAUUAAGUGGUUGUGGGGUGCGCUUGGUCUUUGUAUCUGCGCUGUCCCUGUCUUUGUUCGUUUACCGGGCAGCGGUAAGGGUCUGGAUCUGGGUUCGCGCACAGAGUCGUUCGUCACCAACCGUCGUCUGCUGCUUUCGUCGUCGGAUGCAUUCGGUCGAGUCAUGUACUCGUACAAGGAGAUCUCCGAGUUGGCAGGUUACACCGCAAGAGUAUCCGAGUUGCUCGAUACGAUGGAUGCAAUCAAAGCCGGCAAGUUCGAGAAGAAGCUCGUUUCCUCCGCUUCCAUCGAAGAGAAUGCCCUCGUUCUGCAAGGCCGAGGUACGAUCCAAGAAGACACCUCUCGGUCAGCAGGUGUCGAAUUCCGCGAUGUCCCCAUCGUCAGUCCUAACGGUGACAUCUUGGUGCCUAAGCUCAGCUUCUACGUCCAACCAGGCCAGCAUUUGCUGAUUAUCGGUCCCAAUGGAUGUGGUAAGAGUUCUCUCUUCCGUAUUCUCGGCGGGUUGUGGCCUGUAUACGGUGGAACCGUCAAGAAGCCACCCACUUCUGAAUUCACCUACAUCCCUCAACGUCCCUACCUCUCACUCGGAACUUUGCGGGAUCAGAUCAUUUAUCCUCACACAGCCCAAGAAAUGCGCGCGCGAGGCAAGACCGACGAAGACCUUCUUGAUAUUCUGCGCGUUCUCCAAAUCGAACACAUCGUCGCACGCGAAGGUGGAUGGGACGUCCAGCGUGAAUGGCGCGACGCUCUCUCUGGUGGUGAUAAACAACGAAUCGCUAUGGCUCGUCUGUUCUACCACAAGCCUAAAUAUGCUAUCCUCGAUGAGUGUACCUCCGCAGUAACGCUAGAGAUCGAAAAGGUCAUGUACGAUCAUGCGACAGAGUUGGGGAUUACGAUGUUGACCGUGUCGCACAGACCUUCGCUGUGGAAGUACCACAGCUUUGUUUUGCAGUACGAUGGUCAAGGUGGUUACGUCUUCACGGAGUUGGAUGCUGAGAAGAGAUUGGCGUUGCAGGAAGAGAAGCAGGCGUUGGAACAGAAACUUUUGCAGGUGCCGAGGUGGCAGGAGAGAUUGGAGGCGUUGAAGGAAGCGAGGAGGGAAAGGAGGAGUAGUAGAGUUGGGUCGCCGGUUCAGGAGAAGGUUCAGCCCUUGAUGGCUGCCUAA